AUGGCUCUCUUUCCUCGUGCCGGUGACUUUGCUCCUCUAUUCCGUCUUCUAGACGACUACGACACCCACCGCUCCGGACGUAGCCACUCUUUCCAGUCCUCCAUGACCAGCUUCUCCCCGCGCUUCGACGUGCGCGAAUCCAAGGAGGCAUACCAUCUCGACGGCGAACUUCCCGGCAUCAGCCAGAAGGACAUUGAGCUCGAGUUCUCUGACCCUCAAACUCUGCACAUCAAAGGACGCGUUGUUCGCGAAUACAACUCCAACAACAGUGACAACGACGGUGCAUCCAGCCCCAAGCCCGCGACUGUUGAAGACGAGUCUCCAUCAGACAGCAACACCCAAGUCCAGAAGACUUCCGGCAAUCACGCCGUCUCCAAGCAAAACAACCACAAGUACUGGGUCAGCGAACGCUCCGUCGGAGAAUUCCACCGCUCCUUCAACUUCCCUACCAGGGUCGACCAAGAUGCAGUUAAGGCUAAUCUGAAGAACGGCAUCCUCUCCAUUUCCGUGCCCAAGGCUGCUCCACCAGUUAGCCGCAAGAUCACCAUUGAGUGA